AUGUUGGUGCAUGUGCUCUUCGCAGCCGUUUUAGCUGUGGGUUCUGCACAGACUCCAGCUAACACGUUUCCGGAUGGAUUUCUUUUCGGUUGCGCAACAGCUGCCUACCAGGUAGAAGGGGCAUGGAACGAGGAUGGCAAGGGCGAGAGUAUCUGGGACCACAUGCUGCACGAACAUCCGGAAUAUGGAAACAACGGAGAUAAUGGAGAUGUGACGUGCGACUCUUACCACAAAUACAAGGAGGAUGUACAAAUGCUGAAAGCCAUUAAUGCGGACGUGUACCGCUUUUCCAUCUCCUGGUCUCGCAUUCUGCCCACUGGAGACAUCGACGUCAUCAAUCAACCAGGCAUCGAUUACUACAACAACCUCAUCAAUGAGUUGCUGGACAACGGGAUCCAGCCUGUGGUGACUAUGUACCACUGGGAUCUACCACAAGCGCUUCAGUACCUCGGUGGCUGGCCCAACGGGCUGAUCGCAGACUACUUUGUGGAGUACGCCAGAGUUCUAUUCGACAACUUCGGUGACAGGGUGAAGUGGUGGAUAACGUUCAACGAGCCGGGUGUCUUCGUCUCGGGCUACGCUGAGGUGGGCACCGCGGCGCCGUCGCAGCCCGCGCCUGGCAUCGGCGACUACCUGGCCAUUCACACGCUGCUGAGGGCGCACGGCCGCGUCUACCGCCUGUACGACCAGCAGUACCGGGCCACACAGAACGGCAGUGUGGGAAUCACGCUUAACAUCCAGAAUAUAGAACCAGCUAGUAAUUCUACUGAGGACUUAGAGGCAGUCGACAGAUACAUGCAGUUUGAAGAUGGCAUCUUCGCACAUCCGAUCUUCAGUGAAGACGGGGAUUAUCCGGCAGUCGUCCGUCAGAGGGUAGACGCCAAUAGCGAAGCGGAGGGAAGACCUCGUUCAAGGCUGCCAACUUUUACACAGGAAGAGAUCGAGUACCUUAGAGGGUCUGCUGACUUCUUCGGACUGAAUCACUACAGGACGUACUAUGCGGCUGCCGGAGAGACAGGAUCAGUCCCUUCAAAGAGGCGAGAUUCUGGAGCGUACACCACAAGCAGCAACGAGAACAAUCCCGCAGGCUUGAGGAAAAUACUGAACUGGAUAACUGCAGAGUAUCCCGGUUACCCUAUCUUCGUGACGGAGAACGGCUAUGGCGACUCAGGAGGCCUGAAUGACACGGGCAGGGUGGAAUACCUGACUAACUACCUGAGCGCGCUGCUGGAAGCGAUCAACACUGACGGAGUGGAUGUACUCGGCUACACCAUGUGGACCCUCAUGGACAACAUGGAAUGGACCAGCGGCUUCUCGAUCAAGAUGGGCCUGUAUGAAGUCGACUUUGACAGUGUGAACAAAACCAGAACGCCGAGGCUGUCAGCGUACGCCAUGUCAGAGAUUUUCGAGAGCAAGCAGUUGCCAGUCUUGAACUAA